UUUAACGUGGAAUUCGAACGAGGGUGAAGAACCUCGUGAUACACGAAGCGGAAUACUAACUGACUUGUGCAGUUAUUGCCAGAAAAGGACAAAAUGUUCUCCAGAUUUUCUGAAACAGCAAAGAACAGUCCAUUGUCGAACCCGUUCAGCAUAGCACAAUGCUCAUCAGAAACAACUCCGGUGACUAGGCGAAGCAGAAUCAUGGCGGCGCCUAAUACCGGUGAGUCAUACAGUUGCGAGUUUGGAAGUGCAACAUACUAUGCAUAUUGCGGAUUUGGUGGCAUUCUUAGUUGCGGUAUCACACAUACAGCUGUUGUGCCUCUUGAUUUGGUCAAAUGCAGAAUUCAGGUUGACCCAGCUAAGUAUAAAAACAUUGUAAAUGGCUUCAAACUAACAAUAAAGGAAGAUGGCGCUCGAGGACUGGCCAAGGGAUGGGCUCCAACAGCCAUUGGAUAUUCUAUGCAGGGGCUGUGCAAGUUCGGCUUUUAUGAAGUGUUUAAGAUUCUCUACAGUAACAUGAUUGGAGAGGAAAAUUCAUACCUCUUCCGAACCUCUCUGUACCUUGCUGCAUCAGCCAGCGCAGAGUUCUUUGCAGACAUUGCUUUGGCUCCAAUGGAAGCUGUGAAGGUUCGUAUCCAGACACAGCCAGGCUGGGCCAACACCCUGCGAGAGGGAGCACCUAAACUGAUGGCUGAGGAGGGAAUCAGGGGCUUUUACAAAGGCCUCCCCCCUUUGUGGAUGAGGCAGAUUCCAUACACCAUGAUGAAGUUCGCUUGUUUUGAGCGCACUGUGGAAUUUUUGUACAAAAAUGUUGUACCCAAGCCAAGGAGUGAGUGCUCCAAACCUGAACAACUGGUUGUUACCUUUGCAGCUGGGUACAUCGCUGGUGUAUUCUGCGCGGUCGUGUCUCACCCUGCUGAUACUGUGGUGUCCAAGUUGAACAAUGACGUCGGAAGCACACCCAUCCAAGCUGCGCGUGAGCUGGGAAUGAAAGGUCUGUGGAAGGGUCUCGGCCCACGUAUCAUCAUGAUCGGUACUCUGACGGCUCUGCAGUGGUUCAUCUACGAUUCAGUGAAAGUGUUCUUCCGUCUUCCGCGUCCCCCACCACCUGAGGAGCCCGAGAGCUUGAAGAAGAAACGACUUUUGAAGCAGCAAGCUGCUUAAAUGGAAAUCAUUUUUCUGUGCCUGGCCAAAAAAUGUGUGAAUGCAACUCAGGAUUAAAACAAAAGUGCAUGUAUUUAAUGGAGAGAAUUGACUGGAUAAGUAUACUGUGAUAAUCGAGUGGACUACGUAAAUCAUUGCAUGUGAAACAAGUUGAGUAAUGCCUGAGAAGUGGUGUUUGCACGAAAAAAAAAAUCAAUAGCUGUACUCUUGUUUGUAUCACCAGUCAGCUGGACUUGACAAUAAAGCUUAUUUUACAACUUGG